CUGAAUAACGUGGUAUCUAUUUUAAGUGGAUAUAUUACUAAUGUAGAAUUUUAAGGACUGUUGCGCCACACGAAGCGACUUUAUUCCGGUGCACAUAACAGCUGUAUCUGAUAUAAUGUUCACGUACUCAAUAUCCACUUGUUUAUUUAAAAAAUGUCAUAUACCACUCCUUUUAAUGAAUUUUAAAUCUAUAGUUAGAUUUUGUUUAAUAAAUUACAUAUUCAUUGGGAAUAUCGUUGCCUUUCCUUCAGUCCCCAAAAAUCUACAUACUGCACAACCUAAACGGGUGCAUACGGUAGAGGUAAGAGGAAACUCCUACCUCAGUCGAGCUGCCAUCAUGACGGCUGCAACCCAAGAGAAGCCUUACCAAGUGUAUAUGAAGGCAUAUGAUCUCUCUCGGGGCAUUGCAGCGCAAAUAUCGCCAACUCUGCUUGGAUUUCAAUUAGAGGGACUUUGGCACACCAGCAUCGUUAUAUAUGGCAAUGAGUAUCUUUUCGGUAGCGGUAUCUCAUAUUACCCCGAGAAGCAGUGUGAAUCCAUCACUGCGUUACCGGUUUCACGACGUAUAUACUUGGGCGACACCUAUGUGACACCUGAAGUAUUCCAUAGCUACAUUGACAGCCUUAAAGAAACCUUUUCACCGGAGUCCUACAAUCUACUUCGGUGGAACUGUAACCAUUUUACAAAUGCAGCGGCCGAAUUUUUAACUGGCAAAGGUAUUGACGACGAAUAUGUCCACAUGGUAGAGCGAAUUGAGCAAAGUCCGCAGGGUAAAAUCCUACUCUCCUUUAUACAGCAAGUAACACCUGAAGCUACAAACAUACUACAAGUUCCCACUGGGAAGCAAUAAGUUUGCAACGCCAGUAAUACACAUGAUGUGCGGAACAGAGCAUUACUGCGUAUUUAAAUACGGCAGUGUACCCUUGCUACAUGCGCUAGACCUGGCAUUAACACUGAUGGAAUUUGAAAUAGCCACUUGU